AUGAAUCUCAACGCUUUCAUUCCGCCGAUUUUUGUCCACAGUCAUGAAGAGCAACAUCAUACAAUUACACGAAAAAGAAUGGAGAGAUUUACUGCCGACGGAGAUUUAUUGAGCGUCACGGAUGUUAGAACCAAGUAUUUCGAUGAUUCUCCAUCUCGUCCUCAGAGACAUUUGUCUCGAAUCAAUCCAGAUUCCGAUUCAGAUUACUAUACUAUUAACACUUAUCGGACUCCUACCACCACGACAUCUCGACGAAGAGAGCAACCCUUGAAUAAUAGAGAAGUUCGACAUCAACGAGAAGUAAUCGAAAGAGAGCACCCCAUCAGAAGAAUUGAACGCGUCGAGCGAGUGAGAGCACCGAGGGAAUUUAUUGCCGACUCUACCAAUGACGGAUAUCGAACCACAGACUCCUAUGUUAGAAAAACAUCGAUUCUCAAAAAUGAUCAGAGAAAUCGAGAUGUAACACCAACAAGUUCGAGGGUUGAAUGGAGAGAGCCAUUAGACUGCCUUAUCGAUCACAUGAACCAAAUCAGAACUUCUUUGGCACUUGCUCCUCUUCAACCAUCAGUUCGGCUUGCUGAUAUUGCAGCGCAAUGGGCGAAAAUGUUAGCUCUGCGUGGAGAAUUCAGAAGUGAUCGUAAUCGAUUAAUGAACAUCUGGAUGGGAAGCCGAGUCAGCGAAGCAAUCGCUGAUGUUUGGUUUGAUGAGGCCGUUGAAUUCGGAGUUCGUAACUAUCUUGAUGAUGAUGAAAUUUCCUGGGUUGGAUGUGCAAGCGCAUUUUCGGAGCAGCAUCGGCAAUUUAUUGUUGUUGCGGUUUACGAGUAA